CCUGUGAAGUUAAACAUGUUUGUACACCUUACACCAACAACACUCUUCAAAAAAGAAUGUGCGUUUGAAAUAUUUGCACAUAAUUCUUCGUCACGUUACCCAGGGAGGAUGAAGUUGUUAGUGGCUACUGUUAUUUGUGGGGUCUGUGUGGUGUUUGGAAAGCCUGUUGAUGAUGCUGUCAAACUUGAAGCUAUCGACAGUGGAUUCUUGUUUCAAGGGGAUAUGGUGAUGAGUAAACUCCAAAUUGAUACAGCACUGAAGGGUGGUGAUGUGGAUAAAAUCAAUACUGGUUAUGCUAUACAAAAGUCAACUUGGUAUAGAUGGAAAAACGGUGUCGUACCAUACGUUUUUCAUUCCAGUAUAAGUGGUAUAAAGGGGAUCAAAGGACCAACUGAAAGAGCGAUUAAGAAUGCUAUGGAGGCAUGGGAAAAGAAAACUUGUAUCAAAUUCAAACCACGCACAAAUGAACGUGAUUAUGUUGAAUUCAUUGAUGAUGGUUUUGGAAAGUGCUACUCUCACGUUGGUAAGACAGGAGGAAAACAAAAACUUUCAUUAGGAUUCGGCUGCUUCACUAAAGGCAUUGCUAUCCAUGAGAUUGGCCAUGCUUUAGGAUUACAUCAUGAACAAUCGAGACCAGAUCGAGACAACUAUGUCGAAAUAGUUUGGGAUAACAUCAAAGAGGACAUGAAAUACAACUUCAAGAAAUAUUCUCACAGCCAGAUUGAUAGCCGUGGAAGUCCCUACGACUAUGAUUCCAUCAUGCACUACGAAUGGAACGCUUUCUCGAAGUUUCCAUACUUCAGAACAACCAUCAAAGCUAAGAAAGAUGGUGUAAAGUUUGGUCAACGGUCGUACAUAAGUAUACAAGAUGCUAUUCAGAUCAAUAAAUAUUACGAAUGUAAAAUAUAACAGAAAUAUACUAUAUAUUAUA